AUGUCUCGAUUUUCCCUUCAAGGUCGAACUGCAUUAGUCACUGGCGGUGCACGCGGGUGUGGUCUGGCAUUCGCACGCGGUCUGGCCGAAGCCGGUGCCAAUGUGGCUAUCUUUGACGUGAUUCCCCCCGAAGCAGAGUUCGAAGCUAUCGCGACCGAGUGCGGCGUGCGUACUGCAUACUACAAGGUGGAUGUAUCCUCCGAAGAGUCCCUCGAUGCCGGCUUUAAAGCCUUUCAAACAGACUUCGAUAACGCUCUCGAUAUCUGUGUUCCUUGCGCGGGGAUCAAUCGUCACCAACCCUUCCUAGAGUUCACCUACGCGGACCACGCCGCUCUUCUCGGAGUCAACGUGUUGGGCGUGCACAUGACGGCCCAACGCGCGGCAAGGCAGAUGAUCGCCAAUGGAACACAAAAGGGCAGUAUUGUCUUGGUGGCCAGCAUGGCCAGCCACAUCGCUGUGCGGUCACAACUGUGCAGCGCGUAUUGUGGUUCCAAGGGGGCCGUGAGGGCGAUGUGUCCGGCCAUUGCCAAGGAAUUGGCCCAAUAUAACAUCCGAGUCAAUUCGAUUUCACCGGGAUAUGUUCGCACGGAAAUGACGGCUGCUUUCCCCCACCUGGUCGAAGAGUGGAAACGCGAUGCGAUGAACGGUCGACUGGCCGAGCCGGAGGAUAUCAUGGGCGCAUGUGUGUUCCUGGCUAGUGAUGCUAGCUCGUAUAUGACUGGGGGUGAUAUUGUGGUCGAUGGUGGUGUGACAAAAUGGUGUAAUCUCCUUCGCUACGGCACUCCUGUUCUCCUUCUCGAUGACCGUCCCGAUCAGACCUCGACUGGCAAAGCGGACGGGUUGCAGCCGAAAACUAUCGAAACGCUGAAACAGCUUCGUCUUGCCGAUCCGUUACUGCGACAUGGCGCCAAGGUCUACGACAUCUCAUUCUGGGACUCCACACCCACGCAACCCCUCCGUCGCACCGGCCGCAAGAUCCACUACCCCGACCACCUAGUCGGAGCCCCCGAUCCAUACAUUCUGCUAGCCCACCAGGGCAUGCUGGAGGACGUGUUUAUCAAGGACAUCGGAAGCCGAGGAGGAUCAGUCUCGCGGAACAGCGAAUUCGUGGACGUGCAGAAAGACGAGGCGGGCGACCUCAAAGUCACGUACAAGGACCUGACCACGGGGGAUGAGCGCGUCGUCUACGCAAAAUACCUGGUUGGAUGUGAUGGCGCCCGGUCGAAGGUGCGGGACUUCAUUCCCGAUGCGCAGUUGGAGGGCGAGAAGACGAAUGCUUCGUGGGGAGUGUUGGAUGGUGAGAUCGAGACUACCUUCCCUGAUCUCUGGAGCAAAGUCGCCGUCCGGUCCCGCGCAGCCGGUUCGAUCUUGUGGAUUCCUCGCGAACGCAACAUGACUCGACUUUACGUGGAGUUGAGUGCCACCGAUGGUGAGCGGGUGCCCAAGUCCAUGGCUACACCGGAGUAUGUCAUGGCUCGAGCGCGGGAAGCCAUGAAGCCUUUUCCGCUAGAAUGGAAGAGUAUCGAAUGGUUUGGCAAUUACAUAGUCAAUCAGCGUGUCGCGCGUAAUUUCUCCGAUCCAGACAAUCGCAUCUUCAUUGCCGGUGAUGCUGGUCAUGUCCACUCCGCUCUUGCCGCACAAGGCGCCAACACCAGCAUGCACGACUCUCUCAACCUCGCCUGGAAGAUCAAUCUCCAUUCCCGCGGUCUCGCUACGAACAACCUCCUAUCCAGCUACUCCACCGAACGUCGAAAGAUAGCCAACGACCUGAUUGCUUUCGAUGCCAGCCAUGUCGCUGCUUUUGAACAGGGCGAGGCUGCUCUCGCCCGCAACUUCGAUGAGAAUAUUCGGUUUAUCGCUGGUUUCGGGGCAGAAUACCUUCCAGGAGACUUGCUCACGAGAAGAUGGGAGGGCACACAACUCCAAAACGGACACACUAGCUCCGGUUUAGGAAGGGUGAAACCCGGUUCUCUCCUCCCACCUUCUCUCGUGACGAGGUAUAUCGAUGCAAACCCCGUGCCAGUGCAGUUGGAUAUUCCUCUCCUUGGUCAAUUCCGGGUGUACCUGGUCGUCCCAGAUAUCCGGAGUGAGAACGAGUUUCUGCAGAAUUUCUGUGAGGAGGUGCUGGGCGAGGGAAGUGCAUUGGCCAAAGCAACCCAGAAGGCAGCCCAGAGCUAUGCAAGCAGCGAACGGAAGCAGGCGACGGAUGAUGUGUACUUGGGCCACGCGCGGUAUACGACGGUUUCGCAGGUCGCAACCAUCGCCUUGCUCACCACGGCCUCACGCGAAAGCUUCGAGCUCGAAGAUCUACCUGACAUGCUUCGGCGAAGCCGCUGGACAGUGUACCUUGACGAAGCGGGCGAGGAGAAGGGCGGAUGUACGAGGAGGUGGUUCGGGGAGGCGGAUGCGGCGCAGACGGCGGUGGCUAUUGUGAGACCGGAUGGGAUGCAUUUGAGUACCGACAGUCAAACCUAG